AGGCGCGUUACUUCCUCCUAGAGCUCGCUUCCGUGUGUUUGCAUUGUGUCUAAACUGCCGGCGAGUUUAACAUAUUUUACCAAUAGCUAUGUCGGGCAGGUCGGUCCGCGCCGAGACACGGAGUAGGGCGAAAGAUGACAUCAAGCGGGUUAUGGCUGCUGUUGAGAAAGUACGAAAUUGGGAGAAGAAAUGGGUAACUGUCGGCGACACAUCCUUGCGAAUCUACAAGUGGGUGCCUGUGACCGAACCCAAGUCAAAUGAUAAGAGCAAAAAUAAGAAGAAAGCCAAGGAUGACAAGUACGGGUCGGAGAUCACAACACCAGAAAACAGCCCCUCUCCUGGAAUGAUGGAUAUGCAUGAUGAUAACAGUAACCAGAGCUCCAUUGCUGACUGCUCUCCCAUGAAGCAGGAUAACAGCAACAGUGCCAGCCCUGCCCCAGAGGCCAUGGCAACUUCCCAGAGUGACAGCAACGAGGCUAAGAGUGACCAUAGUCAGUCCCCUGGCAAAGAGCAGCUGAAGAGCACAGACAGCAAGAGUGGAAAUGUUCACCCCUCAGCAUUUUCAAACACAAGCACACCCAAGAGAGACCGAAGGUCCACAGGAAGGAAUGAACCAUCCUCAGACACUCCUCAAGAUUCUCAGGUGCUCCCCUCCACCACCAUCCAAGACUUGAAUGUCUUUGUACAGGAAUCUGAAGAUUGUACUCCUCCCAAUAAGAAGGGGAAGUUGGAAACUCCCUCAGAUUUCCUCAAAACCAGCUAACUUAUCUUUUACCAUCACCAAUUCCUUGAUCUGUUUCCAUGUCCUCAACCCUCCUGGUGUCAUAGCCCCUCCUGUGUCUUCACUUCUUUAUUCUUCUGAAUUGGUCCAAGAGGAGUCCAGCACCCACCUCUACAACCCC